AUGCCCACAUCCUUGCCGCUGAAGGAGACACUUGAGGGACUUCCCAGCUUGUCCUCAACAUCGACUGAGCUUCGAUCUCGAACGCGGGAUGUAAUCCAGUCUAGCUCCAACAUUCCCAUCCUAGUCGCUUUGGAUGAUGAUCCAACCGGUACUCAAACCUGCCACGACAUCCAAGUUCUAACAACAUGGACCGUUCCCGUUCUAAAGGCGGAGUUCGAGGACACCGCCCCAGGCAGCGGGUUCUUCAUCCUCACAAACUCGAGGGCCCUUCAUCCACCGGCAGCGCGAGAGCUUACGAUCGAGAUCUGCCAAAACCUGAAGGAGGCUGCGGCUCAGGCAGGCAAGCGCUUCGAAGUGGUCUUGCGUGGUGACUCGACUCUGAGAGGCCACUUCCCAGUCGAGCCCGAGGCAGUUGAGGAAGCGCUUGGAGCCAGUGAUGCGUGGAUUCUUGCACCUUUCUUCCUCCAAGGUGGACGAUACACAAUUGACGAUGUCCACUAUGUUGCUGAGGGCGAUGUUCUGGUACCUGCCGCAGAGACACCGUUCGCCAGGGAUGCUACCUUUGGCUUCAAGAGCAGUCACAUGGCGGACUGGGUCAUUGAAAAGAGCAAAGGGACGAUAUCAAGGGAUCGAGUGCGCGGAAUCAGUCUCACAGAUAUCCGAACAGGGGGUCCAGACAAGGUCAACGAGAUCUUGCAAAGCGCCUCAAAGGGCACGGUGUUCAUCGCCAACGCAGCUGCAGAGGAAGACAUGGAUGUUGUGGUCCAGGGGAUUCUCAAGGCCUCUGCCCAGGGCAGAAAGUUCCUCUUCCGCUCUGCAGCGGCCUUCGUCUCAGCGCGUCUGGGCAUCUCCCCCAUCCCGCCCAUCACCGCGCGGAAGCUCCAGCUCAGCACCGCCACGGGCGGACUGAUCAUCGCCGGCUCGUACGUGCCCAAGACCACGAGCCAGUUGAAGGCCUUGAUCGAGGUUGCAGGCGACAAGCUGACGACGGUGGAACUCAACGUCAACAAGCUUCUGGAGAGCGACGCCUCGCGAGGACAGGAACUAAACCACGCGCUAGAAGUGGCGUCGAAGGCGUUGCAGCAGCCCAAAGACGUCUUGAUAAUGACCUCGCGCGACAUCAUCACAGGCGCAGACGAGCGGUCAUCGCUAGACAUCGGCUCCGUGGUCGCAGCCGCGCUCGUCGCUUUCCUUGAGCGUUUGCAAGUCAAGCCCAGAUAUCUCAUCGCCAAGGGCGGCAUCACGAGCAGCGACAUGGCAACGAAGGGAUUGCGCAUGAAGAAAGCCACCGUCAUGGGGCAGGCGGCUCCCGGUGUCCCGCUCUGGCGAUGCGAUGAGCCGACGAGCAAGUGGGCCGGUCUGCCGUACGUUGUGUUUCCGGGCAAUGUGGGCGGAGAGUACACGUUGGCCGAGGUUGCGGAGAAGUGGAGGCCGUCGAUAUCGGUCAAUCGCUGUUAG